AAAUUUCAAUACUAUAUAUUUAAAAUGUUUACUUGACAUACAUGGACUGCAAAAACAAAAUAAUGACUGAAAAGAAAUAUCAUCACGCAAAACCUUAAAGGUACUAUCGAUGUCGUGUCCUCUUCAUUUACAUCAAAUAGUUCCCACAGUUUCACACCAAUUUAACUAUUUUCACAGUUUUUCUCUCUCACACUCUCUCUUACCUACGCAUAAUACUAUAUUAGUACCAUUACUCAUCUCUCUUUCACCACCAAACACCUCUGCAUAGCUCUACUGUCUGUCUCUCUCUCUCACUCCGAAAAAUGUUAGGCAACCAUUACUCAAGAGACAUCCACCACAACACUCUCUCCCUGCACUCUCAUCAAAACGACACCGCAUCACAUAAAGAGUCCUUGUUCGAGAAAUCACUCACACCAAGCGACGUGGGAAAGCUAAACCGUUUAGUCAUACCAAAACAACACGCCGAGAAAUACUUGCCUCUCAACAAUGGAGGCGGUGAGCUGACGUCUGAGACGACGGAGAAAGGGAUGCUUCUUAGCUUCGAGGACGAGUCAGGCAAGUCUUGGAAGUUCAGAUACUCGUAUUGGAACAGCAGUCAAAGCUACGUUUUGACCAAAGGAUGGAGCAAGUACGUCAAAGACAAGCACCUAGACGCCGGGGACGUUGUUUUCUUCCAACGUCACCGUUUUGAUUUCCACAGACUCUUCAUUGGCUGGCGGAGACGCGGCGAGGCUUCUUCUCUUUCGGCCGUGUCUCAAGAGGCUAGAGUUAACACGACGGUGUACUGGAGCGGCUUGACUACACCUUAUCGUCAAGUACAAGCGUCAACUAGUUCUUAUCCUAACAUUCACCAAGAGUAUUCACAAUAUGGAGCGGUCGCUGAGACACCGACGGUGGUUGCAGGGAGCUCGAGGACGGUGAGGCUAUUCGGAGUUAACCUCGAAUGUCACGGUGACGUCGUUGAGACACCACCGUGUUCUGACGGCUACAACGGCCAGCACAUUUACUAUUAGUCAACUCCUCAUCUCAUGAAUAUCUCAUUUGCUGAGGAAACAAUGGAGCAGGUUGGAGAUGGACGCGGUUGAUGAUAUCCAAAGAGAAGUGACAACUUUUUAGAUCUUGACGUUAGGUUUUGGGCCCCUACUUGGCGCAAUUAUUGUCAUAGAGAAAACACCACAAAAGGAGGAGAAUUAAUACAAGUGUGACUUCCUUAUGUUGUUAUAACUAUUAGUAUCUACUAUUCAACUAAUUUGAAACAAAGAAUAAAAAGAGGAGCUUUUUCAUACAA